CAGGUAAAAACAGAGGAAGAAGAGAAGUCGGAGGAUUUUAUCAGAGCUAAAGAUGAGGAAGAUGAAAACAUAAUGAAGAUCUGCAUCGAUUCUGUUAGUCUGAACGAUGAGCUGCAGACAUCAGUGGUUCCUGAAGGGGGUCGGGUAUUGAUUAAAGAAGAUCCUGAAGAACAGAAGCCUGAUGUGGACCAGCAGGACCAAGAACACCUCCAUAUAAAAGAGGAAGAGGAGGAACUGUGGAGCAGUCUGGGAGCAGAGCAGCUCAAUGUGAAGGAGGAGACUGAUGCCACCAACUUUAAGAUCACUGCAGUUCCUUUGAAGCCUGAGGAUGAUGAAGAUAAACCUCUGUUCUUACAGCUUCAUCAACAUCAAGAUGAAGUCAGAGAUCUUCCAACCAGAAGCUCAGCUCAGGGUUCUGACUCCUCAGAAACUGAAGUCAGUGAGGAGGAUGAAGAGGAUAAUGAUGUGAACAAUCCUGACUCUCAGUUGAAACAUUUUGUAGACUCUGGGUCAAAACCUGAUAAAGACUGUGAGUCUUCUCCCAGCAGGGUUCCUGAAUCAGGUGUUAAAAUCAACAGCAAUGAACAGAAGCUGUUAUGUUGUGAGCUGUGUGGGAGAACGUUUACCAGAAAGAGCCAUUUAAACACACACAUGAGAAUCCACACAGGACAGAAGCCAUUUUGUUGUGAGCUGUGUGAUCAAAGGUUUACAACAAAGAGCCAUUUAGACACACACAUGAGAAUCCACACAGGACAGAAACCUUUUUGUUGUGAGAUGUGUGAUCAAAGGUUUACCCAAAAGAGCAAUUUAAACUCUCACAUGAGAAUCCACACAGGAGAGAAGCCAUUUUGUUGUGAGCUGUGUGAUCAGAGGUUUACCACAAAGAGCCAUUUAAACUCUCACAUGAGAAUCCACACAGGACAGAAGCCAUUCUGUUGUGAGCUGUGUGGGCGAAGGUUUACCGCAAAGAGUGAUUUAAACAAACACAUGAGAAUCCACACAGGACAGAAGCCAUACUGUUGUGAGCUGUGUGGGCGAAGGUUUACCACAAGGAGUGAUUUAAAUAAACACAUGAGAAUCCAUACAGGAGAGAAACCAUUUUGUUGUGAGCUGUGUGAUGGAAGGUUUACCACAAAGAUUAGUUUAAACAAUCACAUGAGAAUCCACACUAAAAAAGCACUCAUAUGACUCCUAAGUUGAAACCACACAAGAGGAAACAUCAGUUUGUCUUUACACACACUUCAAACAAACUAAGACUAUGUUGCUUUUUAACAAGUUGGGAAAGUCCAGAUGAUGAUGAUGAUGAUGAUGCCAUGGAUCUGGGAACUUUAAUAUUUUAGUUGACAGCAUUGGAGUGAUUACAGACACACCUGUGGACACAUUUUAAGGCUGACCCUAAACAUUUUCUUUGUGUGAGACCCCAGGAACAAUCAAAAGAGAUCAUUCCAGAUAUCAGAAAGAAAACUGUUGACCUGCACAAAUCUGGUUCAUCCUUGGGUGUGUAGGAACACCGAAGUAAUGGUCUGAACCGAAAAGAGCAACCUACAAACCUGAGUCAGUUUGUCCUGUUCUGUCAGGGAGGACGAGACAAAAUUCCAGCAAACUACUGACAGAAACUUGUGGAAGGAUACACAAAACUUAGACUCAAGUCAUUCAUUCUAAAGGCAAUGAUACCAAAUACUAAGAACAUGUAUGUAAACGUUUGACUGUAUGACUUGUUCUGUUAGGUUUGAAGGCCCUCCCUGCUGUGAAACUAUCAUUUCUGAUCAGAUUCUUAACCAUCUCCAUUGCAACGCUCAAAGAAGAGAAACCCCACUCUAUUGAACUUUUACUGCCACAGGCAAUGUGUGUGCUUAUCAGUGUGCUCAGAGAAGAAAUCAGACUUUGCGGCUACGUCCCAACAAGAAAUCUGACAGAAGUGUCACCUCCUUAUUGAAAUUAGUUCCUGUCCUGUUUCCGAAACACCCACAAGUCUGUUCGAUUUUAAAGACUGUUGUCUCUUCAAAAGGAUCGUGAAUUCCGUUGACUCCCACCAGACUCCCCUCAGCUUGACUGAGAUCAAAGGACUGCAUUCUCCAUUAAAUGUGAAAAAAAAAGAUGAAGGAAUGUUUGUGUAUGAAAUGUUUCCUGUUUUCAUAUGUCUUAAUGCAAGAAAUCUCAUUUAAUCCAUUUUUCUUACAGAAAGGACCAAAAGCCAUUAAAAAGAUUCACCACAUUUUUGUUUAAUUAACUAUUCAUACAUUUUAGUUGUACAGCUGUGUAUUGUGUUUAAUUGUUUAAGAUGGCCUCCUGACGAUGUUCAUAUAUUUCAUGAUUUAAGCAAUAUGUGUUUUGUUUUUUAUAUAUGUUUAAUCACUUUAGAAAAUUUAGGACUUGAUUUUAAUAGUUAAAUGUGUGACAAUCUUAUUUUUCUGAGGCAAAACAGAUGUUUCCUCUCCCCCUCCUCUUUAAUUAGAUGCAAGAUAAUUAAACUAAAACACACUUCCACUUAAACACUGUUAUGGACUAAUUAUUUAUCUGUUUCACCUUGACGCUGUCCAGUACUCAUGUAUCUUAUGAUAACUUCUUUCGGCUCUUAAUCUGUUUGCCCCAGACGUCAGGACUCCAGCAACGGAUUGACCUCUCUUGGUUGAUAAGUUAACUCUUUGGGCUGAGAGCCCUGUUAUUGGUUAUUGGCAGUUAUAUUUGUCGGAUUGUGAUUGGUUGAAAACUGUCACAUGGUGUUAACGAUAUUAUAUUAUUGGCUGUUUCUGCUGACGAGGCAGCCACAAACCCGACGGACUUCCUGAUUGACCUGUUUGUUUGUUGCUCAAGAAUUAAAUCAUUUGACUACCAUACACGCAGACUUUCUGUGCAUUUAUUCCAACGUGUUUCUGCAUUCUUGAUAAACUUGCCACAACAGAUUUUUGGCGUUGUCUGAAAGGUGGCUCCAAGGACCGGAGCUACCCGAUGCGGCCGGGGGUUCGGACGAACGCUGGACAAGAGGAAGAAAUUUCUUUAAAAAAAAGUUUUUUCCCUCUACUGAACGUGUCCAGGCUGGGAUUUGUCCUUAGAUUCGGCCACUGUGGGUGACUUUGGGACUGGAGCUGGAAAGAACCUGUCUGUGACAGAAACACGGUGAGCUAAUAUUUUCAUUACAUUUUAGAAAAAAAAAAAGCUACGGCUAUCUUCGGUCCACCACACUCUAAAAAAUCUGAUUGUUAGGCGCCUGUCUGGUUUGCGUUCAGCGGUUGCUGUGACUCUUAGCUGAGGUAGAUCCUGGGAGCGUUUUUAUUCCAGAUUGAGUUUUUAAAACAGGGAGGUUGACUUUUCUGUUUUGAGGUAGCCAGGAGGAGAUUUUGUUUCAACCUGGUGAGUGUAGGUAGUUAGCCAGGCUAACUGCUGAGGGAAAAUAUAAUUUUCCACUUCUGUUCAGGUGUUAGAAUAUUUAUACGAAUCUUAUAUUGUUGUAUUAUAUAUGUUAUCUCUCUUAUUAACUUGUUUGUGCUCUCAGCUCUCAUAAUGUUUGCAGUUAGACUGAAACCAAGGCGUGAGAAGGAGAAGUUGUUUUCCAAGCGCUGCAACUGUGGUAUCUGCAGCACGACCAUGAGUUGUUUUUAUCUCUUGGGAACGGAAUGUCACUGUAAAUGUAAAUGUAAAUGUUCACUGAAAAUAUGUCAAACCUGUUUCAACCGGUUUUUAUCCCACCCUUGAGCGGUUGAAACACUAUUGUAACUAGGGCAUUCCCAAACUAAAUAAAAGCCUGUGAGAGCUGAGACUGCUUCAGAGUGUGGUGAGAGAAUUGUGACUGAAGCAAGUCUCCGGACACUCUCCUUYCAAGUAAAACUUUA